UUAUGCCUCAUCGCCUAUCCUUUCAUAUUCCCGCACAUCGGAAUCAUGAGACUUAGCCUGGCAGUCCUAUCAGGGCUGUUCCUGUCGGCAGGGUACGCCAGCUCGGAAUCAGUUGAUGGCACGACGUCUUGUCCGGGCUAUCGAGCCAGCAAUGUGAAAAAGCAACAAGGAGCUGUUGUGAGUGCUGACCUGACACUUGCCGGCACUGCAUGCAACAUCUAUGGAACCGACAUAGAAGAUCUGAAACUUGAAAUAGAGUACCAGACAGAUGAUCGAAUUCAUGUAAAGAUCUAUGACGCUGCAGAACAAGUCUACCAAGUACCGACUUCGGUUCUUUCUCGACCUAACAACACUGGGGCCAAUCCAUCAAAAGCGGAUUUGGAAGUCACUAUUAUAGAGGAUCCAUUUUCCUUCAAGGUGACGCGCCGAUCUAAUGGAGACGUUCUUUUCGAUACCUCUGGGCAUAACAUUGUCUUCGAAUCGCAAUACCUUGGACUGCGGACCAGUCUGCCAGACUCUCCUAACCUGUAUGGUCUAGGAGAGAGCACAGAUCCAUUCCCUCUGGAGACCACAAACUACCAGCGCACAUUAUGGUCUCGCGACGCAUACCUCACUCCUCAAUACACUAACCUCUAUGGUAACCACCCCGUGUACUUUGAUCAUCGUGGCGAACAAGGAACCCAUGGCGUGUUUUUGCUGAACAGCAAUGGAAUGGAUAUUGCGAUCGACAAAGAUGAUGAUGGCCAAUUCCUCGAAUACAAGACUCUGGGUGGUGUUCUUGAUUUCUACUUUCUGGCAGGUCCCACUCCCAAGGACGUGGCUGUACAGUAUUCUGAGACGGUUGGCAAGGCCGUCAUGAUGCCAUACUGGGGAUUUGGAUUCCAUAACUGCAGAUAUGGAUACCAGGACAUUUUCGAGGUGGCUGAAGUCAUCGCGAACUACAGUGCGGCGAAUAUCCCUCUUGAGACCCAGUGGACUGACAUCGACUACAUGAAUCUCAGAAAGGUGUUCACCUUGGACCCUAUCCGCUACCCACUUGAUCUGGUUCGCGAGGUCGUGACGUACCUGCAUAGCCAUAACCAGCAUUACAUCGUGAUGGUUGACCCAGCAGUCGCUUAUGCCGACUACCCCCCAUUCACAGACGGUGUGCAAGAUGGAGCUUUCCUAACCCAGAACGGCUCCGUCUACCAAGGUGUUGUCUGGCCCGGAGUGACUGCGUUUCCCGAUUGGUUUGCUCCUCAAACUCAGUCCUACUGGAACAACCAGUUCUCUACCUUUUUUGACGCAGACACCGGUGUUGACAUUGACGCCUUAUGGAUUGAUAUGAACGAAGCCUCCAACUUUUGUGACUGGCCAUGCACUGAUCCCUCUCUAUUUGCCCAAGAAAAUGAUGACCCUCCAAACCCGCCAGCUGCGCGUAUCUCUUCACCUCGGCCCAUCGCAGGGUUUGGAUCUGAUUUCCAACCCACAUGUGUCGCAAAUGUUGAAUUCUCCGUCUACGCUGAGACAUACUUAGGGGAAGAUAUCUACCUUCUAGGUAGCUCAGUCACAUUGGGAGUUGGCGAUGUGCACAACUCUGUUGAAAUGAGCGCCGACGACUAUCCAGAGUGGACAGUUACUGUGCAGAUGCCACCUAAUGGAACAUUCACAUACGAAUACAUUCGAAGGGAAUCUGACGGAAGCUGGAUCUAUGAAGCCCACAACCGUACCAUCACUACAGGCGACUGCACCGAUGGAAUUCAGAUAGUCUCGGAUAACAUUACCACAGCCUCGGGGUCGCAAAAGAGAUCUCUUGAGCCUUCUAACAUCCUACCACGCGUGCGGGCUAGAUCUGAUGGAAUCCUUCGCCCGCGAGAUGGAUCCCAACUCGGUCUUCCUGGUAGAGAUUUGAUCAACCCUCCCUACACGAUCAACGACACGGCUGGAUCUAUUAGCAACCUGACAAUCCGGACGGAUCUCACCCACGCGAACGGUCUCAAGCUAUACGAUACCCACAAUUUCUAUGGAAGUAUGAUGAGUGCUGCUAGCCGUGACGCAAUGCUCAACCGCAGACCGUCGGUACGACCACUUGUCAUCACACGUUCAACAUUCGCAGGCGCAGGGAGCAAAGUCGGGCAUUGGACCGGAGAUAACAACGCAGACUGGGAUCAUUACCGGUGGACGAUCGCCGAACUGCAGGAGUUCACAGCACUGUACCAGAUCCCUAUGGUUGGAAGUGAUAUCUGCGGAUACGCCGGAGUAACAACAUCCCCACUUUGCUCGCGCUGGGUAUUCCUGGGUGCAUUCUCACCUUUCUUCCGGGAUCAUCAAGGAAACGAUGAACCACCCCAUGAGUUAUAUAUGACACCCAUGGUUGCAGCUGCUGCUCGAGCUGCUAUUGAUAUUCGGUACCGUCUGCUCGAUUAUGCGUAUACUGCUUUCUGGACCCAGACGGAGACGGGAUUGCCUAUGCUCAACCCGAUGUUCUUUGAGUAUCCCUAUGAUGAUAGCACUGCCGAUUUGCCUUAUCAGUUUUUCUGGGGCUCGGAUAUCCUGGUGGCUCCGGUUACCGAGGAGAAUUCUACGUCAGUCUCGUUUUAUAUGCCUAAGGACCUGUUCUAUGAUUUCUACACCGGUGCUCCCGUUCACGGCGAAGGCAAGACAGUCACGCUGAAUGAUAUUGGGUAUGAUACUAUUCCCUUGUACUAUAAGGGUGGUAGCAUCAUCCCGCAACGUGUCAAGUCGGCAUAUACCACUGCAGAGCUGCGAGAGCAGGAUUUUGAGAUUGUGAUUGCGCCUGAUGCGUCUGGAAAGGCAUCUGGUACUCUAUACCUUGACGACGGUGAUAGUAUUGAGCAGCCACAUACCUCUGUGAUCAACUUUGAGUACAGUGGUAAGCAAUUGUCGAUGACUGGAAAGUUUGAUUAUGACGUUGGCAAGGUUGUGAUCAGUCAGGUUAAGGUGCUGGGUGCGAAGGUCGAAACCCAUGCCGCUAAUGUUAAGUUGACGGGAAAGCAUGUUUGGAAGCUGGAUUAA